AUGAUUGGCUUCAAGGCCAUAAAGAGGGCAACUGGAGGCAACGCUCGGCUGGAAUUUGCCCACUGGAUUGCGGUCUUCGUGUCGUUGCGUAUCGUCCACCCGGGGGCUAUGUCUCGACGACUUGUGUGCCUUUUGGAGGAGCCAAACCACGUGGAAUCGCAUCCUCAUGCUUGGUGCCGAACGGCCCCUGAGUAUCCUCAGGUUGGCGAGGCGCUCGAAGAUCCGUUGGCCAUCGCUGCUAAAUCGUCCUGGGUUCUCGAUGAUGUGCGUGUACGUGGCAAGCACGAGUCGCCGAUCUUCGUCGGGUGCAGGUGGUUCGCUUCCUCUGACUCUUCUCCGAAGCGCAGGUGGAUCGCUUCCUCUGCCUCUUCCCCGAGGAGUGGGAAGAGGUGCUCUGGCGUUUUGCACUGCUCGAGCCAGGGACUGGGAUCUGGUUCUCCUUGCUGCAGCUUCUGCAAGAGCCUCUUCGAGCUCAGAGUCUUCGCCGCUCAUGGAACUCGUUCGGCCGUGCUGCCGCCGAUGCUGAGGAAGGUGUCCGUGGGUUCAAUGUCCCCAGAUGGAAUCAGGACUCCCAUCUCCAUCAGUUGUUGGAUGUUGAGGCCUCUCUCUUGGAUCAACCUAUGGAGAAGACUGUACCCCAUGUACAGGCGACUUCUACUUCGGGAUCUAAGCUUCAAGCCUCCUGCAUGGAAGGUUAGGGACAGAGCCAAUGCUGGUGCCCGCUGCAUUGGGGGAAGCUCUUGCACCAUGUCCACGAGGAGCACUUGCCACCGUUCGGCAUUCCAAAAUGGGAUGAGCGCCAUCUCCUUUGGAACGAUGUCGGACCUCUCGCUCGUGAUUCUGGCUGCAAGUUCGAUGGCUUCGAGCCAGAGUGACCCUCCAGGUGCACUCUUUGCCACCACUGGCACCCAUGUUUUUCGGGUGGGGAGUCGAGCUUCCUCCGCUUGCCUGAUGUCCCCUGGCUUGGGAACGAAGUUCCAGUGGCUGCUGAUGAAAAUCAAGGCAUCCAUCAGCUCGUGGAAGGCGAUGCGGCGACUCUGCACCGCUUGCAAUAAGUUGGCUACCACCCCUCUCCUUGCAUGGCUGUGCAGAAGGUGGUCCCAAGCGAACCAUCGGACUCAACACCUUGAGCACCUUAUUGGGUACGGCACUGUGAUAGUACAUGAACCGGGACACGUCUUCCAGGAAGAUCGGCAGGAUCUCUUCGCCGACGGGCUUGUCUGGGGCAAGUCGAAAUCCAGGGAAGUCCACACUCGUCUGGAGCCUGUACCUGAUGGUUCCAUGGCCAGGAGGAUAUCUCUUGGUUGGACAUCUCAUGUUAUCCCCCUCGCGGCAUUGUGUGUGCGCAGCCCAAUUCCUGAUGGUGCCACAAAUGACGACUUCCACUCGGAGAGCGUGUUGGUAGGAUUUUGCACUCUCGAGGAAUUCUGUCAUCACCGACAUGCUCCUUUCGGCAAAUUUGCGAGCCUCCUCCAUCUCUCGUGUCGGUUUGACACGACUGCCCUUCAGGACCACGGCUGGAAAAACCUUCAGAGAGUUCAGGGGCUUCUGCUCAGUGCCCAUGAUGUGAAUGCUUGUGUAGUAAGUCUGUAUAUGCUUUACUUCUGGUGGGUUCUGCUCUACGGUUUCCAACCAGAGAGGAGGACAGUCAGGAGGAAUCUCCACGAGUGUCGGCGACAGUUCGGUCCUUCCGACGCAGCACUGAGAGAGGGGUCUGAUCAGUCCAAAAUGGUUGUAUCGCGUCAGAAGUUGUGCGUUGGGAAGUCUCGAAGACUUUGCAGAAUUCAACAGUAUGACUCCACGGUCGUGCCUCAGCUCCAUGGCCGUGUGUACGUGGACUGUACGUAG